AGUAUAAAUUGCCGAGCCCCAGCUUUCCAUUUCUCCUGAGUUUCUUUGCUCAAAUUCUGCUGCUCAAAAAAUUGACAGAAAGAUAGGGAGAGAGGGAUUGAGAGAUGGCCAGGCUAGUCCUCCUAGCGAUGUUGAUCACCCUGGUGGCAGCAAUGGCUUCAUGGGCUCAAGCCCAAGAUGACACUACAUGGGCCAAGCGGGUUGAUUCCGGGAAAGAAGUGGUUUCCACUCUUCAAUUCUACUUUCACGACGUGCUCAGCGGAAGAAACCCUAGUGCAGUAAGGAUAGCCCAAGCUUCCCAGGCCAACUCUACGCCCAAUGGGUUCGGAUCGUUGAUGAUGGUGGAUGAUCCAUUAACGGUAGGACCGGACCCUAACUCGAGACUUGUGGGGCGGGCAAGGGGAAUGUACGGUUCAGCCGGUCAAACCGAUUUCGGGCUCGUAAUGGUGAUGUGCUAUGAGUUCCUAGAUGGGACAUACAAGGACAGCUCAUUUAGCAUUCUCAGCAUCAACCCGGCAUUAAAUCCGGUUCGAGAAAUGACCGUAGUGGGUGGAACCGGUUUGUUCCGGUUGGCUCGGGGAUAUGCUAUUGCCCAAACCUACUCUUUGGAUCCCACAACCGGUGAUGCAGUCGUGGGCUAUAAUGUGACCUUAGCCACAUAUAUUUGAGUUAUUGAGUACUCAAUUUUAAUUUGCAUUUGUUGAAUAAGAGAUGAUCAUUUCUAGGUUUGCCACGUUGAAAUACAUUCCCAAUUGAACUUUCUGCCUGUGCUUGUUAUUUAUUCAUUUUGUUGGGAGUUUGGUGACCACUUUUUUGACUUUGAAUUAAAUUCUUCCUUUAGGAAUCUUUUAUAUCAGAGACUAGUGAGUUUAGUUCAUUCGAUGGCCUUGUCCUGUUGAUCACAUUGAUGGUGGUAAAGAAGGAUUUGAAGCCUUAAGCAUUGUGGAAAUGGUAAUUCCAUCCAUUUGUCAUAAAAAAAGUAAGAAGUUGGAACUCAAUAUUCAACCCCUCCCUAUCUGUUAUCAAAGCAGAGAUCUUUAAAAUGAUUGUAA